AUGCGUUUUCCAUAUUCGUCCGUUCUGCUUUCGCUCCUUGCUCUGUCCUCCAGCACUCUCUCCGCCGCAUCCUCGCUAACGGUCGCCCUCCCAUCUUCCGUCCGAAUCGGCUCGCUGCCGUCAUCCACCUACGCAACGCUUACCACCACCUCUCAGCCCAAUGGACCUCUAAAGGCACCACUAUCCCACCUUUCGACCUUCGUAUUUGAUGAUAUAUCACUUCCGAUAGCAUCUACGGGCCCCGAAAAGCCGAUAUCGUACCUCCUGGAUAUCCAUUCAAAAACCCAUGUCUUUGCGCCGUACAGAGUCGACGUCUCCUCGGAGACUGGCAAGAUAAUCGGUGUCUGGGAGACUUAUCGUGGCAACCCAUGGGAUAACAAGGGAGCGGAGAAGAUUAUCUCGGGCGGCGAUUAUGAGCCUGGGGUAGUCGUUGUGGAAGCGAAGGUGCUUGCAAAGAAGGACUUUUACGAGCAAAGAGAGAAAUUCUCUCCAUUGGCAUUACUGAGAAACCCCAUGCUUCUUCUCGCCAUCUUUGCCUUGGCCGUUACGUUUGGAAUGCCAUACCUCAUCGAAAACAUGGACCCUGAAACCCGCGAGGAGUUUGAGAAGCAGCGUGCUGCAAAGAGAAAUAAGCCUGCCAACCCUGCUCAAGACUUUGAUUUGGCUGGAUGGAUGGCCGGAACAAAUCCUAACCUGAUAGAUACUGGAAAGUCGGCAGGUUCUAGUGGGCGAGAGCAAGAAUCAGCUGCAGCAGCAAUGCGAAGAAGAGGCUAA